CGCAGUGCGGAAGCCUCGCCGGACCCGCGGUGCUAGAGGCCUGUCACUUCUUCCUGGUGCUGCCUCCUCGCUGGAGCAGGAUCCCCUCUCUCGGGGGUCUCCGCGGGCCUGCGACCCGGCUCUCCCCGGCCCUCCGGUUGAAACUUGUAUGGCAGUCAUUUAUAUGGAUCUGUGAUGGAUCUAUAACUAUGUCCCAAGUCAAGCCAACAUCAUUUUGAGCAUGCUCUUCUGAAUGUGAAGGAACAUUUUGAACAGUGAAGUUGCAAGAUCUUACUGAUCAAGACAACUGGAACCAUGUUGUGCUGGGGAAAUGCAUCCUUUGGACAGCUUGGAUUGGGUGGAAUUGAUGAAGAGAUUGUAUUAGAACCCAGAAAAAGUGACUUUUUCCUAAAUAAAAAGGUCCGAGAUGUAGGAUGUGGACUCAGACACACUGUUUUUGUCCUGGAUGAUGGGACUGUGUAUACAUGUGGAUGUAAUGAUCUAGGACAAUUAGGGCAUGAAAAAUCCAGAAAGAGACCAGAGCAUGUUGGUGCCCUGGAUGCCCAGAAUAUUGUGUCUGUUUCAUGUGGAGAAGCCCACACACUAGCAUUAAAUGACAAGGGCCAAGUGUAUGCUUGGGGUCUUGCUACUGAUGGACAGCUUGGCUUGCCUGGUACAGAGGAAUGUAUUAGAAUACCCAGAAAUAUCAAAAGCUUAUCAGAUAUCCAAAUAAUGCAAGUUGCCUGUGGCUACUGUCACUCACUUGCACUCUCAAAAGGAAGUGAAGUUUAUUCCUGGGGACAGAAUAAAUAUGGCCAACUGGGUAUAGGUUAUGAAUUUAAAAAGCAGACUUCACCUCAACUGAUUAAAUCUUUACUGGGAAUCCCUUUUGCACAAAUUGCAGCAGGAGGAGCACAUAGUUUUGUACUAACUCUUUCCGGAGCCAUUUUUGGAUGGGGACGCAACAAAUUUGGUCAACUUGGUCUUAAUGAUGAAAAUGACAGGUAUGUUCCUAAUCUGCUGAAGUCCCUAAGAUCUCAGAAAAUUAUUCACAUCUGUUGUGGAGAAGAUCAUACAGCUGCUCUUACAAAGGAAGGUGGGGUUUUUACAUUUGGAGCUGGAGGCUAUGGACAAUUGGGUCAUAACUCUACCAGCCAUGAGAUAAACCCAAGGAAAGUUUUUGAACUUAUGGGAAGCAUUGUCACACAGAUCGCUUGUGGGAGGCAGCACACCUCUGCAUUUGUUCCUUCAUCUGGAAGAAUUUACUCCUUUGGUCUUGGAGGUAAUGGACAGUUAGGAACAGGAUCAACCAGUAAUAGGAAAAGUCCCUUCACAGUAAAAGGAAACUGGAUUCCUUAUAGUGGGCAGUGCCCACCAAGCACAGACAGUGAAGAAUAUUAUUGUGUAAAGAGAAUUUUCUCUGGUGGAGAUCAGAGUUUUUCACACUACUUUAAUCCACAGAACAUGAUGCCACCAGAUGACUUCAGAUGUCCUGACUCUUCAAAGCAGAUCUGGACUGUGAACGAAGUAUUUAUUCAGAAAUUGCUGACUUGUCCAACUGGAAGGCUUCCUGUGGAGAUAGCUGAUGAAAUAGAUGGAACAUUUUCUUCAGCUGGCUGCCUAAAUGGGAGUUUUUUAGCUGUCAGCAAUGAUGAUCACUAUAGAACUAGUGCUCGAUUCUCGGGGGUUGAUAUGAACGCUGCUAGACUACUAUUUCACAAACUUAUAAGUCCUGACCAUCCUCGUAUAUCACAACAGGUUGCAGCUAGUUUGGAGAAGAACCUUAUUCCUAAAUUGACUACUUCCUUACCUGAUGUUGAAGCCCUAAGGCUGUAUCUCACUCUACCAGAAUGCCCACUGAUGAGUGAUGUGAACAAUUUUACAACAUUAGCUAUUCCUUUUGGAACAGCUGUUGUAAAUCUAGAAAAAGCUCCACUGAAAGUACUUGAAAACUGGUGGUCUAUACUUGAACCUCCAUUGUUCCUCAAGAUAGUGGAGCUGUACAAGGAUGUUGUGGUCCACCUCCUGAAAUUAUACAAGAUUGGUAUCCCCAAUUCUGAAAGAAGAAUCUUUACCAGUUUUCUACACACUUCUCUCAAAGUUCUGGAAAUUUUACAUAGGGUAAAUGAGAGAGGAGGACAAAUUAUACAGUAUGACAAAUUUUACAUUCAUGAAAUACAAGACUUGAUAGACAUCAGAAAUGACUACAUCAACUGGAUCCAGCAGCAGGCAUAUGGAAUGCUCCCGGCGCCCAAAGAGCAACAGACUCUCCCACCACAGCUGGCACUGCGUGCAGCGAUGGACCUGGUGAAGGCGCCCUACGAGGGCAAACCAGCUGUGAAGGCCUCCCAGAAGCAUGCCAUUCAUAUCAUGGCAACGCACCUCCCCAGAACCAGGAACAUGUUGGCAGAUCGUCUCAGCAGAACCUUCUCGUCUCGCCACAAAUGGUCUCUCCACCCCGAUGUGGUUGAGCAGAUCUUCCGAAAGAUGAAAGGUCAUCCAGUGUUCACCCGGAGAAUUUUAUCUUGGAUCACAGCCUGCAUCCGAUUUUGCUAUGAUCAGGCAAAGGUGCCUCCACCAGUGAUCGUAACCGCCCACUCAACUAAAGCACAAGCCUCGGUGGCGGUCUUCCUGGCCCGUGUGCCAAUUUCUGAUAUCUGCAGGGUUGCCACGUGGUCGUCCAUCCAUAUGUUCACAUCUCACUAUGUGCUUACCCAGCAAGCCCGAGAUGACGCUGGCUUCGGUAGAGUGACCUUUGAAGACAGUGACUUGUUCCAUUUGAUUGGUGUUGUCUGUGGGCUCGCAAUAUAUAAUUUUACUAUUGUAGACCUUCAGUUCCCCUUGGCUUUGUACAAGAAGCUGUUGAAUAAGAAGCCUUCUCUAGAUGACUUAAAAGAGUUAAUGCCUGAUGUUGGCAGAAGUAUGCAGCAGUUACUGGACUAUCCAGAAGAUGACAUAGAGGAGACAUUUUGUCUCAACUUUACGAUCACUGUGGAAAAUUUUGGAACAACAGAAGUAAAAGAGCUGGUUCCUAAAGGUGCUGACAUUCCUGUGGUCAAACAAAAUAGGCAAGAAUUUGUAGAUGCCUAUGUGGAUUACAUCUUCGGUAAAUCAGUGGCUUCCUUAUUUGAUGCAUUCCACACAGGCUUUCAUAAGGUGUGUGGUGGUAAAGUUCUUCAGCUCUUCCAGCCCAGUGAGCUGCAGGCGAUGGUGAUUGGGAACACAAAUUAUGAUUGGAAAGAACUGGAGAAGAAUACAGAAUAUAAAGGAGAAUAUUGGGCAGACCAUCCUACAAUUAAAAUAUUUUGGGAUGUUUUUCACGAGUUACCACUGGAAAAGAAAAAGCAGUUUCUGUUGUUUUUAACAGGCAGUGAUCGUAUUCCUAUUCUUGGAAUGAAGUGUCUUAAACUAGUCAUCCAGCCAACAGGAGGUGGAGAAGGGUAUCUUCCAGUAUCUCACACUUGCUUUAAUCUUCUUGAUCUUCCAAAAUACACAGACAAAGAAACCCUAAAAUCUAAGCUGAUCCAGGCAAUAGAUCACAAUGAAGGCUUCAGUUUAGUAUAACUUUAGAAAUGAGAUACUGUAGUUGUUUAAUGUGGGAGCAUUAAACUAAUUCUUUGUGUCUUUCUUGUGGUGGUAAGUUCAGUGGACAAGUUGACAAUGUAACAACUGAUUAUUUACAAAAUGUUCAGUGAUAUGAAUAUUCAUGGAAGGCAAAAAGUCCUUACAAAAAUGAACUGUUAAUACACAACUUGUAUAGAACCAUGUUUUUGUCAUCUUAAAAUAAAAAUGAGACUGUGAAUGAGACUCAAGUUUCACAAACAUGAAUUUCAACAUUUCACAUAUUAUAAAAACAAUUUAGCGUCUGAGUGCAUGAAAGACUUGCUUAAUUUUUUUCAAUCACAGAGUGAAAACACUUUUUCCUAUUAUGAUAGUCCCAUUUGAUUAUUUUUCAUUUUGUAAAUAAAGCUUUGUAAUAAAAUAGUUUCAGUUCUGAUAGCAGUAUGGUUUUCUAUUGCGUGUAAUUAAACUUGAGCUUAUUUUAUGGCUUUUAACAAAAGUGUGAUUCUGGAGAUGUCUUUUUCCAGUGGUGGGGUUUUUUUGUUUUUGAAAACUUAAUGAAAACAAUGAUGGUUGAAAUGAGCUGCCCUUUAUGAUGUACAGUCCAAUUUCCAUGGCGCAAUCACUUAUUCGUGCUGGUGCAAAACUGCAAAUUAGGCUUUUGUUAAGAUGGACCAGAAGACUCAAUAGGCCAUUUCAUCUUAUUACUGAUGGUAUAAUUAAAUUGAUAAAAUUAUAAGGGAUUAAUUUAGGAUUGGGAAUCCAACCUCUGCAGCCAUAGGUUUAAAAACAUAAAUGAGGAGCAAGACAGUUGCUAUCAAGAGUUUAAACAUUUCAUUUUUAAAUGUUGAAAGUGUAGUUUUUGGUCACCUUUUUUCAGCUAAAAUGCAUUUGAAAUACCCUUUUAACCCUUUUUGGAACUUCUUUUGAAUUUUAAUAUAAGUACUCGGAGAUGACUGUGCUUAAUGGAACGUAUUCAGAUUUGACUUUCCUGGUCUGGUUAAGUUCCAACAUACUUAUGUCUUAUUGAUACAUAUGUGACUUUCACCUGUGAAACAAAUAUUUUUUUUUUUUUUAGAGUUUUAAAAUGCAGUGAAAACAAAGCUAAAAUAAAAUACUUGAAUGAAAGAGUUUGUUGCUUCAUGUACGUGUUCAUGUAUGGAUGCACAUAUCAUGCAUAUUUCUUUAAUUAGAAGGUAACUUCAUUAAGCAAAAGACUAGUUAGAAUAUUGAGACCAUCCUGGCUGUGACUGUUGUAUUGAAACAAUUCAGAACAACACAGGGAAAAUGUAAAUAAGUCUAUAACCAUCUCCUGGUGGUGUAUGAUUGCAGCCAUGACAUUAUACAUGCACAUGCCUAUAGCUCAGGUGUGACCUCUAACUUUUUCUUCACAUACUACUGUUGGCAGGCAUACUCCCACCAUGUGAGAGUUAAGAAACCAACACCAAUGAAAAUGUUUUGGUCAUAAGUAGGGACCUAUCAAAUUCACAGUCCA